GACUGCGGACACAGUGCAGGAGAUGACCAGAGACUGCGGACACAGUACAGGAGAUGACCAGAGACUGCAGGACAUAGUACAGGAGAUGACAAAAGAUUGCAGACACAGUACAGGAGAUGACCAGAGACUGCGGACACAGUACAGGAGAUGACCAGAGACUGCGGACACAGUACAGGAGAUGACCAGAGACUGCAGACAACAGUGCAGGGGAUGACCAAGAGACUGCAGACAGUGCAGGGAAUGACCAGAGACUGCGGACACAGUGCAGGGGAUGACCAGAGACUGCAGACAGUGCAGGGGAUGACCAGAGACUGCAGACAGUGCAGGGGAUGACCAGAG